AUGCGGAAGGACAGCAAGUGGAACAAGGACACGAAGACAGUCUCCACUGUCGCACGGAGCCUGUUGGAAGCUUUUGUCUCGCAGUUCCUCGAGGACCACACAUCGUAUUUUCCUUGGGAGGACAACAGACUUGGACUCAGAUUUCGACAGGGUGCUUUGGAUGUCAAGGAGCUGAUCCAGCAUUGUCCGCAUCUGGUGAACACACUGAGCCCUACACGCUGUAGAUUCCUGGACAUCAUGGACGAUCUAAUGGUGGACAUUGCCAAAAGGACACUCUCUGUGAAGCGAACUGGUGCCUGUCUCAAGUUGCGGAGUUUUAUGUUGGAGACCUUGGCAGAAGCUGUGGAAACGUCGGACAGGACACACUCGUGCUGGACAUCCUUGAAUCUCAAGCAGAUCAUGCAGCUCAGGAGCACAGCAGGAUAUCGUCGGAGUUCCCACAGUUUUAAAGAGCAAAUGGCACUUUCGGCGAGCAGUUCACGUCGGACUUUGGUUUCCGCUUUGCAGGGCCACAACUUGACUCUGCAGGACAGCACGGUGGACGACCCGAAGGGCAACAAUAGAAGAGCAUCCAAAGAUGCACACCGGCUUACACGCAUGGAGCGCUAUGGCUACCUGCAGGACGGCAAGAACGAAUUCAACUCGACGGACAUACUCUGUGUCGUUGCAGAUGCAGUACACGUGGGAAGUGAAGAUUGGCUGAACAUCAUGGUGUACAAUCACACGAAGGGCAAGGUCGAGGAGGCUUCGUCAUCCUUGACAGCAGAACAAUGGACAGAGAUGUGGGGCAAAACAUCCACAUCCUUUCUCGGCGAGCAAGCAACUCGUCGUUCGCACGGUGUAAUGGACGAACCACAAAGGCGGGCGACACUGGACUGGAUGGAGGACAUGAACCAUGGACUGAAACCCUUAGGAUGGUCUUUCGGACGGUGUCAGAGCAAGCGCGAGGACCAGCAGGACACUCACAAGCAGGACAAGACAGGACAGACCCGAGCCCCAAUCAUGGUUCUCUGUACAGACCAGGAAGCCACACAGCUCGCUGCGGUCGCCUACCUCAGGAACAAAAAAGGCCUUUGGGUGGAGCACGUGUCGGACCCAGCACAUCGGUCUCACAACGAUGUAUGUUUGUCCUUAUCUGGCGCUGGACUACUCAAGUUCGCUCAAUGGUCCAUUUCGUUGUACAACAUCAGGUACGGACCCUGGCAGAAGGGAACCUGGUCGAAGAAGAUCCAGCAGACUGCCCAACACAUGAAGGACAACAUGUCGCCGUCGGACCCCAUUUUGCUCAUGUUCUUCCCAGACAUAUUGAUGGACGCAGGCAUGUCGCAGGACCAGAACACGGAGGACACACGGAGGACAUGGUUGCAAAACUUGCCGGACAUGGACUGCAUCCGCACGAAGGGCACGAAGGCCAGCAAGAGUCGCUUCAACUCGCUAACGACAGCUCACAGUGCAUUGGACAAAGAGUGGUCGGUCCUCGCCUUGGUUCUCACGGUGCUGUGCGUGGUCAACAAAUGGACAAACACCGCCGCGGACCUCUUCUCACCGGACAGCAACAUGGCUCGUGCAUCGCUAACACACAGUGGAAGCAAGACGUCGGCUCAGAAGGAGGCAAAGGACAGCAUGAACCAAGCACGCCAGAGCAACACAAACAGUUUACACAUGAUGACGAAGUUCAUGCUUGUGCCGGAGAACAAGUCGACCGCCAGGAUGAUAUUCCACGUCUUACAACCCGAGCAGCUUCGGUCUUCGAAGAUGCUCCAGGAGCUGCGCUCCAGUGAAGCCACGUUGGAGUAUUACUCCUCAUGGAGCCAUUGGUCUUGGAUUACGACGGCGAAGGAGCACGUGAGGACCUUGUGUGACUUGGAGACCUUGGCACGCAUCGGAUUCGACCUUUCACUCGCACGUAGACAAAGCCCACAGGAGGAUGAACUCCUCUGGCAGGACUCCUUGGCCAUGCAAAUGACGAGAUUGACUCAUCAGAUCUUGCGAUUGCGCUCUGGGGCGCAGCUGUACCAUACAGGUGGCUUCGGUGCUACUGCAGGACUGGUGCACAGGGAGCCAGGGUACAGCCGAUCCAGCUUGGACUACUUCAAGGAGAUGGCUGCUUGCAUCCGAGACACACAGACAAGUGGUUCACGUAUGGCGAAACAACUACUCGCAGGUCACUUCGCAAAUGGACAGAUCUCGCAGUACAUCCUCGCAGAGCUGGAAACCACAAGGUUUCAGACACUUACACGCGACGUGGACCACGUUCUCCGGAGUAUUUGGUCUGGACUGUUGAACACGAAGAUCAUUGAGGACUGCAACAAAGUACAACGCGAGGCAGAGCAGCGACACGGGACGGCGAAGGACUUAGGCCACUUGGACGGUUGGACAUCUGUCAGCUCGUCGGGCUUACUCCAGAUGUACAAUCGCCAGGAGGCAAGCAGCAAGCAGCUGCACCACACCCCGGUGGAUUUCGACACCAAGACCCUCUUUAGCAAGUCUGCCGCAAAGAAGCUGACACAGCGGACACGUCGUUCCAGCAAGUCGGGCAGUUCACAGCUCAGCCACACAGAGAUCCAGGAGGCCGAACUCCUUGCAGGGGUCACGAAGAACCGCGACUGGGUAUCGCACAACCACUCAGAGGAGCAGGAGGUUCUCGCAGGAUUUGCACUGCUCAUGAAAGCUUGGCGGGCGAAACGUUGGUCCUUGUGCGAGGAAGGCUGGUGCUCUGGACUCCUACCCGAAGGACACGCUGUGCUUGUUGGUCAAAGCCCUCUGUUCAUCGUUCGAACCUAUCGUUUGGCUGCACUAGCUUGGCCUGGACACAUCGUCAGGGACAACAAUCAGGAGUUUUUCAAAUUCGACAUGGACAUUACCUCAUUGUUCUGGUUGCAUGCGACAUCGGUGGACAUGGAGGUCCUGGACCUGGUGCCUGUUUCACCUCUAC